AUGAUUGGACUUUUCCAAGAACAUGGUCCUUGUCGAAUUACUAAUGACAGCACAUCGGUUACUCUCAACCCGUUUUCAUGGAAUAACAAAGCCAAUGUGCUAUACAUUGAUCAACCCGUUGGAGUAGGGUUCUCUCAUGGAGAUCUUAAAGUUGGGACAUCACAGCAGGCUGCUUCCGAUAUCUGGACCUUUAUGCAGAUGUUCCUCUCAGACUCCAGGUUUUCAAAGUACCAGGCCAAUAACCUGGCUAUCUGGACGGAAUCAUACGGCGGUCACUAUGGUCCUACAUUUGCUUCAUUCUUUCUUUCUCAGAAUGCGGCCAUUGACGCCGGCACUGUUUCUGGCUUGAAGUUGAAUCUCAAAGUUCUGGGAGUCGGAGAUGGACUUACGGAUCCGUUGACACAGUACCCCGGCUAUAUCUCAUACGCCGCAAGUAAUCCUUAUCACGCGUUAGUCUCUACUUCAGCCAUCUCCAAGGCAAAUACUUCCUGGUCAUCCUCGACUGGAUGCAAAUCCCAGAUCACGUCCUGUAACAAUGGCGGAUCCAACUCCGUCUGUUCGAAAGCUCAAAGUUUCUGCAAUAACAACAUCUUGUCACCUCUAGCGGGAAAUUUUGAUGUAUACUACGUUCCAACAAGGAACCCUGACCCAUACCCUCCCGAUCUUACUAAUUAUCUCGCUUCUAUCGCAAGCAAGAUCGGCGCAGAGGCAACUUGGGAGGAAACAAAUGAGAAUGUGUAUUCCAAUUUUGCGGCAACCGGCAAAAAUUCUCGCCCUGACUUGGAGACUGUCAUUAACGCCGGGGUACGAACCAUCGUUUAUGAUGGUGAUGCGGACUAUAUUCUGAAUUUCAACGGAGUGGAAGCAAUGGUCAACGCGCUCGACACCCAAUUUACGACUUUAUUCAAGCAGCAGCAAUUCCAGACGUACACAGUUGCUGGACAGACAGCUGGGCAAUUCAAGAAUGCUGGUCUUUUCUCUUAUGUUCGCAUUUUUGGCGCUGGCCACGAGGUACCUGCGUACAAGUUUGGAACGCUAGCUUAUGGACAGGCAGCCGCUCAAAUGUUCACCCAAAUAAUGGCUAACCAAUCACUUUCAUCGACAUAA